AUGCCUUCCAACGUCGCAGUUCCAGUGUAUGGAAACUAUCAUGGUUAUUAUUCCAAACGGCCAUUUAUUCGCGACCAUCGCCUUGCCUUGCUUCCUACGAGUUUCUUCUCUGAAAAGCGUGUUUUGGACGUUGGUUGUAACGAGGGUUGGGUCACUUGCGAAAUAGGACAAUCAUGGGGUGCUCAAAGGGUAAUUGGUGUGGAUAUCGAUGAUACCCUUAUACGGGCAGCAUGGAAAAGGCGUCGGACUGUAUGGAGUCUUCAAGCACCUGACGAUCACUCAACAUGCGAUGUCGAUGGUGUCUCUGAUGCAGAGCCCCCUACGAAACGUCGGCGAAAAUCAACAGAGAAAGAAGAUGAGCUAGCAGACUACUUUCCUGCUUCCUGUGAGCACGUCCAUGGCCCCCUGCCUAUUCCACCUCAGACAGACAAGAAACACGUCUUUCCCCACAACGUUUCCUUCAGAACGGCAGAUUGGGUUCAAGAUGAGAUACCGGAAGACGAUACUCCUUACGACGUCGUUCUCGCUUUUUCCAUUUCAAAAUGGAUACAUCUAAACAGUGGCGAUGCUGGUAUCACUAAAUUUUUCAAUCGUGUGCAUAAUGUGCUGAAGCCUGGAGGUGCAUUUGUCUUGGAGCCACAGGACUGGGAUACAUACGCAAAAGCAAAACGGAUGGACGAGACGUUAAAAGAGAACGCCAAAAGUUUAAAGCUUCUUCCUGAGGAUUUUGAAACGAUACUGCAGUCGAUCGGAUUUGGUCCAGUUCAACAUCUGGGGAGUGCUGGAGAAGGAGGCUUUCACCGACCUGUAGAUCUGUAUAUUAAAUUGUGA